AUGUUUCCGAAGCGCUUGCGAAUAGUCUCGUCUGCCAAAGAAGACGUUGUAUUUGCCGUUUCCGCUCUCGAGGAAUGUCCUUUGUUCAAUGCCGGACACGGUGCAGCACUGACCCGAGAGGGCAGACACCAGCUUGAGGCGGGUGUUGCCGAUGGCCAGACAGGGCUAUGGUGCUGUGGGCGCUUUUACAACCCCAUUUCGCAAGGAUUAUUGGGAAAAAGUUAUCUCUUCCGAGUAUCAAGAUACGGAUUCGCAGAUGGGCACGGUCGGUGCAGUCGUUUUGAUAGUCACGGCCGCCUUGCUGCAGGUGGAUCCACUGGAGGGCCCACUGGUAAGAGCAGUGGUAGGAUUGGCGACACAGCGGUGCUGGGCGCUGGGCUUUACGCCGACAAAGAGCUCAGUGUUAUAUGCAGCGGUACUGGCGAUCAGAUCUUGAAGCACACAGUAACCGCCUCCGUUGCUAAGUACAACGCUUCUGGUCACAGCCUAUCAGAUGCAGUCCGACGAGCUCUGGAAGAGGUUUCGGGCAACGUGCUCAUCCACCACUUCCCCAGAUUUCGGCUCCAUUCAACGACGAUGCAUAUCCUUGGUUUCCAAACAAUCUAUCGAGAUGAUCUCGUCUCGAUAGGACUCUCUCGAUAUCCCACAACAUCUGGACAUACCAUUGCCACUUUCGAGCAGCAGCACAACUUGUUCAAUCUUGCUGAAGAUGACUUUGUUCGUUUGUUCACUGUGCUGUCUCGCACAGCAGGUGCUCUCCGGAAGUACUACAAGGUUAAACGCUGCGCUCUUGUUACUGAAGGCGACAGGUCUCUGUCUCUACUUCCCUUGCAUGGCUUGAACCAGGACUGGGAACCAGUCACUAGUGACAUGAAAGAGUUUCAUGACACAUUUCCAGGGUACGUAUCUUCGAAAGAUGGGCCUCCCAAGGACCACGACAGACUAAAUACUUUGUGCGAUACCAUCCAGGAGAUCUCUCAGAUACGAAAGCCAUACAACAAUCAGUUCCAAGGUUCACACGAGGACAAGAACCUCUUUGCUCGAAUCAUUUGGGGCGAGCUCCUGCAAUACCGAGUGUGGGAAGAUGAUGAUCAUGUAGCAUCCCUCACUCCCUUUCCAAAUACUCCAGGCUUCACUGUCUUAGUGCCGCGGAAACGCUUGGUCAGCGACAUCUUCGCCAUCGACAAAAAACCGUUAUCGGCAUUGAUGGUAGCUGCCCACAAGGUUGCUGCUAUUCUCAAGCAAGCAUUCAAGGUAGAGAGAUGUGGCAUGAUCUUUGAAGGCUUCGAGAUUGAUCAUGCUCAUGUCAAGCUUAUCCCUAUUCAACAGUCGGCUUCGGAGACAGGCAACUUCACGGAUGACGCGCCCAAGAUGGUCAUGCCCUUUACCAAAAGAUACGAAGGAUUCGCCAGUUCUCUGGACGGACCUCUAACUAAACACCUCGAAUCUGUCUUGUACGACUCGAACACCAUUCGUGAGACACUGCUUCCUUCUAAGCCUUUGAGCCCGCCCAAUUCGUGGGUGGCUCCAUCGCAACAUCUCUCAUCCGUCCUUCACGAUCUAUAUUAUAGGCAACUCUUUGCCCUGUAG